CCCUGACAAAAGGAUCCCAGCCCUUCUCUCUGCCGGCCCUGAGCCCAGCUGUGUCAUGGGGAACUGUCUGCACCCGGAUGCCCGCCAGGUGGCUGGGGAAAAUUCUACUUUUGAAUUUGAAGAGGAGAUGUGGGAUGAAUUCCUUGAGUCCUACAGUACAGACUAUAACUACACCAACUUGGAAGCAGCUGCCCCCUGCCACUCCUGUAGCCUGCUUGACUACUCCUCGCGGCCCUUCUUCAUCCUCGCCAGUAUCCUGGGCACCCUGGCGAGUGGCGCUGUCCUCUAUCUGCUGCUCAGACCUCUGUCCCGCUGGCGGCUCCAGCAGGACCGGUCUGUCCUGGUACAGUUGGCAGUGGGCAGCGCCCUCUUCAGCAUCGUGCUGCCGGUCCUGACUCCGGAGCUGAGUGGAGCCGCCAUCGCCUCCCUGUGCCACCUGGCCCACUUGGUGUCCUACAGCUCCGCCUUUGCCCAAGCUCUGCUGAUAGGGAGCCAAGCCUGCCUGGGCCCCAUGCUGGAUGCAGGCCAGAUCCCAGGCCUCAGGCUGGGGAUCACUGUGGGACUUUGGGGAGGGGCUGCCCUACUGUCACUGCCAAUCACCCUGGCCAGUGACACAUCCCAUGGGUUCUGCACCCCGACAUUUAGUGGAAGUUGGGAAAUUUUGCGGUAUAUCCACGCUGCUGCUUGUCUUGCCAUCUUUGUCUUGUUGCCCCUGGGCUUGUUGGGAGCCAAGGGGCUGAAGAAGGUGCUGGGUGGGGGGCCCUGUCCCUGGGUUAAUAUCCUGUGGGUCUGGUUCAUUUUCUGGUGGCCUCAGGGCAUAAUGCUGGGACUAGACUCCCUCGUGAGGUCCAGGGCCUUGCUGUUGUCAUCAUGUGUGGCCCAGCAGGCCCUGGACCAGCUGCUGGACCUGGCGGAAGCCCUGGCCAUUCUGCACUGUGUGGCUACACCCCUGCUCCUGGCCUGGGUCUGCUACCAGGCCAUGCACACCUCCCCGCCCUCCCUGCCUCUCUCGGCAAAAGAGUCUGCUCAUCUGGACACCCUUGGAGGCAAAUCCUCGCUCUCUUACCACCUGUCAACCUGAAUUAAAGUCUCCGCUGUUUUUAUGAA